AUGGAUAUUCUAUCACCAAGCCUCUCUUUUUUCCUCCCGUCUGUUUACGACGGCAACAAGCUCGAAUGCCGCAUUCAUCUCCCGCCCGUGCUCAAAAAUAUAGAAUCAACAACAACUUGGCUCAACCGUGGUGCUAUUGUCGCGCAUCCAUAUGCAACUCUAGGAGGAUGCUAUGAUGAUCCAGUCGUCAGUUUUAUCGGGAGCGAGCUUCUACAGGCCGGCUACAUCGUGGGAACCUUCAACUUCCGUGGAGCCGGUCGCUCCGAAGGACGCACAAGCUGGACUGCAAAGCCAGAGCUUGGUGAUUAUGUAUCGUUCUACGGAUUUAUGCUGCAAUAUCUGCACUUCCUGGGGCUUGUGUUGGCCCCGAGAGACCAAGUAGACUCAAAGCCUCACAAAGUCAGCGGCGAAGAAAGCAAAAGCCCAGAUAUCCGUCUCGUCCUUGGUGGCUAUUCAUAUGGGUCUUUGAUUGCCUCGCACGUACCGACCCUCGAUACUAUGCUCGACCUUUUCCAACCCGUGCCUACAACAACCUCUACAAACAAAGCAACUGCUAUAUACGAUAUUAGGAGUACAGCAAAACGGAUAGCCGCAUUGUCCUUGGAGAAACUUCAAAUAAGUCGCAGUCUGACCGAUGGCCCAGACCUCCGUGCAUUCAUGACAUCCAUCUCCUAUCUUCUCGUGUCGCCGUUAUUGCCCCCAAUUAGCCAAUUAUUGACUGUAUUCUCGACUUUGUCGUUAAAGGUGAAGACUGAGACCUCCCAAGGCCCCCACAUCCGCUGCCCGCGUCCUGCAGACCAGCAGAGCACGCACCACACCCUGGCACUCUUUGGGGACCAGGAUACCUUCACGACUGCCCGGAAACUGCAGCAGUGGUCAGACGAGAUGGUGCGCAUGCCACGCAGUCAGUUCCAAUCUAGAAUGAUUGUUGGCGCGGGCCAUUUCUGGCGUGAGGAUGGGGUCGAGGUGCGGGCGAGACAUGCGCUGAAGGAAUGGCUCUGUCAGAUAUGA